AUGACUGAGGGUUUGAAAACACGGUUCGAUUUCUCCAGCCCUGUCAUACAAGCCCAGGCUGUGAGAAAUCUUGUUGCUGCUGUCUUAAAGGAAAAAGGAUCAAAUGGGCAAAUCACUCAGUCUUCCACUCAGGGUCCGGCGUUGGAGGUUCUGUGGCAGCAGUGCUGCAGCGACUGCGCACCCGUACGUUCGGCCUGCUGCGACGCUGUGGUGCUGUUAGCGGAUCAGGGCCACGCAGAUCUGCACUACAUCCUCAACACUGUCCUCAAUCUCCUGCCUUCUGCCAGAAAUGUUCAGGGCCUAAUAAAAGUCAUCGGACGACUACUGCAGAUGCAGGCUGAUCAGAGAAAUGAGGAAAGUCGUUUCACCUGUCCUUACUCCAUCAGGAGCAGUCCUCACCCAUUCAUCACAUCCCUGGAGAACCGAGCGGACUGCUGGCCAGCUUUGCUGCUGGAGAUUGAUGACUUUACCCGACAGGCUGUUGACAGAAAUAAAACAUCUUACAUCACCAUGCUGGCUCCCUUCCUCCGGUACCUGUACUGUGAACCUCAGAGGCAGCCCCAGCAUGCACUUCUUCGACAGAGUCUGCUCAGGGUGUUGGUCCUCUCAAAGUCUGGAGCUGGAUUACCGUCGGCCUCAGCAGUCUCUGGCAACCUGCUGCUCUCCCUUUGUCAGCUGGUGCCACACCUGCAGCUGGACGAUGUGGAGGCAGUCCUGGAACUGUGUGGGUUUGUGGACGCUCUGCUUCAAGGCCUCCUCAGGGUUUCGGGAGAGUCCUGGACCCGUGAGCGAGUGGGACUGCUGCUGCAGCUGCUCUGUGCAUGCCAGCGGUGCCUGAAGUUAAACGGAGACUGUCGACCGCUCCUCGACUUGAUGCAGCAGCUCCUGCCCGCCUGCCAACAGGACCUGCCAGCUGAUGAGCUGAUGAUGGGUGUGGCCCUGCUCCUGCUCGAGGCCCCCGCUGCUCAGCAGAGCAACUUACUUAGUCUAGCUUUGAGUUUAGUCCCUGAGCAGGACGAGCUGUCCUCCUGGUUGAGUCCGGUCCUGCUCCUUCCUGUGCUCCAGCUGCUCACCUGUUCGGGCCUCACCGAGCCACUGGCCGACCCAAAGACAAACACCCUGAACAGUAACCUCGCCCACAGCCUGUUGCAGAGCAUCGGCAAACCUACAGAUAAGCCUCGACAGCCCGGCCCAGUAUUGGCGCUCCCUCUCAGCUCCUGGUACAGUGAGCUCAGCGUGGCUUUGUCCAUACUUCGCAACGUGGUCCACGAUCCAUCAGCGGCUGCUGAAUGGCUGCUGGCCGUGAACUCCAGCCUGACGUCCAGCCAGCGCCUCUCACCCUCCCUCACACUCAUCGUGACCCAUCUUCUCAUCACGGGUGAGGAGGGUGUUUGCCAGCUGGCUCUGAAUGUGAUGCAGGCCAUUGCUGCUGCUGAUCCCUGCCAGGUCCCCUCCAUGGUUCCUGUCCUGCUCUUCAAACUGUCUCAGGAGAAAAACCCGUCUCUCUCUCUUGCUGUGCUCAGCUGCCUGCCGAGCCUCGGGACUCAUAAGCUCUGUAUCCCCAUGGUGCUGCAGAACCUCCACAUGCUGGCUGCUGCCCCCAAGCUGAGAGCUGUAGCGCUGCGUCUCAUGACUGCUCUCUGGAAAAAACAGGAUCGAGUGUACCCAGAGCUGCAACGUCUGCUGGGCCAGCUGGAGUCCAGGGGAGUGGUGGGGAGGGACACCCAGUGGGAGCUGAUCCUGGCCCGGGCUGCCUGUCUCAGGGACAUCUGCAGAGAGAGGCCCUACCAGCACGGAGGGGACAUGUUAGCUGCCAUUUCACUCACUCUGAAGCAGAGCGACCGACCAGACCUGGCCACGCCCGCUGCUCUCGCCCUGCAGGGUUUACAGGAGCUGUGCAGAGCAGAGGUAGUGGACCUGAUCUCAACGUGGAAAAGCCUUGGACCUGAGCUGAGUCGAGACGCCCGUCCACUGGUUGUUAAAGCCAUAGCUGAGCUGCUGUCGCUGGUUCCCCAGCUCACUGUGAAGUCAGAGGAGUAUGAGAAAUUAAAAGAUGAGGUGGUCGCCUUUCUCUGGAGUUAUACUACAAACAAGGAUGCAGAGGUGGCCAGCUGUGGCUACAAAGCUUUGGCAGCUUUUCCUGAACCAGUGCACACCAUACUUCACCUCCCUGAGACAGCUAGACCAGCUGUGAAGAUGUGUGGAAGUGAAGAAGAUGAUGAUGAGAAGGAAAACGAGGAAGAGGAGAAGGAUCUGUCAGUCCCUGGUUCAUCUUAUGUGAAACUGAUGGCUCUAACCUCCAUCUCGGUUCUACCAGCCUUUGAGCUCCUCCUGACCUCGCUGGUUAAACAAGAGAUGAGUCAGAUGCCUCGAGGAGUCUACUUCUCCGCUCUGAGAGGGGGUGCGCUGCGGUCAGACCAAGGGAAGACGGUUGCAGGGAUCCCGACCUUCAUGCUCAAAACCUACGAGAAAAACAAGCAGCCUGGCCUAAAGCCCGGCCUGGCAGCUGGUCUGCUGCUCUGUUACGAGCUUCCUGUGCAGACGGACCGCACAGGAAGGCCAAUCGAGCGUUUUCUCGUGAGCCGAAGCCGCAGCUACCAGCAGACCCUGACGGCGCUCAUUCACGAAGUGAACAUUCAGCCGUCCGAGUGGCACCGGGCUCUUCUCCUGCCCCAGGCAUGGAGGGGCUUCAUGAGCCGGACGUUCCACGCCGUCCUGCAGGGUCGACGAGCUGAUCUGGAGAUGCAACAGAAGCAGGCCAAAGAGAACCCCCAGGAGCUGCAGUACAGACAGCACUGUGCCUGGCUGUGGACCAGAGAUCAGCUGGCAGAUGUCAUCAAAACUGCUACAAAGGACAGUCCAGUUGUUCAGGGAAACUCCAUCCUGGCUCUGAGUGGUCUGGCUGCUGUCCUCGCAAAGUAUGAGAACAACCUGCCCACUGAUGGCAACGGCAGCCUUGGAGCUGGACCAGAAUUUGUUCCUACUGCAAGCUGGUUGUCCAUGGUUCUGGACACUCUGCUCAGCAUCAUCAGCAGCAGCUACAAGGCCAGUGGGCAAGUCUUCUCCUGGUUCCUUCAUCGCUCAUAUUCAGGUGAGAACACAGCGAGUGCCAUCGCUCGCUCCUGUGCCAGCCUGGCCUUGUCUCUACUCGUCCCAGUGUUGGUGGUCUGGCAGAGGGACAGUCUGGUCCAGGUUGUCUCGGCGCUGAAGGCCGGCCUGCCGGACUCUCCCACUGCCGAUGACUCGCAGGCCAUUCAGUUCCAUUCAGGCCUUGCCCUCGGCACGGUGCUGUCCAGCCUGCAGCGCCAACGCAUCAGUGACGUCUCCGCGCAGAAGGACACAGAUCUUCUCUUCAGCUCUCUGAAAGCUCUGGAGAGUUGCUCCUUUAACCCCAACCUGGAGUACAACACCGGCUGUGUGUUGGGUCUGGGUCUCGUGCUCUCAGCCCUCUGCAGCAGUGGGGAGCUGGACCAUCAUGUCCUCAUCAGCCAAGCGCUUGACAAGCUGCUGGCCAACCUGCAGGACAGCAGCAGUGGGCAUGGACGCAUGCUGCAGGAGGUGUUGUCUUACUCCGUCGCCUGUGUGGGCGUCUCUGCCUUCAGUGCAGGUCUGAUCGAUGCGUCGAAAGCUGAGGAGAUCAUAAGCUCUCUGCGCACCCUGACCGAGGAGAGCCAGCAGACUCCAGGGUUCUCUCUGGCUCUGGGGUUAGUAGUCCAUGGACUGUCUGUGUCGGGCCACGGUAAAGCUGAGGAGCUCCACCCUCGUCUACUGGCUGCCUGGAUCAAAAUCCUCCUAGCAGAGGGUUGUCCCACAAUGCAGCGGCUGGCUGCUGCCAACGGUCUGGUGGCUCUGGUUGGAUCGGAGAGUUACCUCAUCCAGCUGAAAGAUGAGCUGGACCUUUCCUCCCAGCAGCAGAGCAGACUGAACGAGGUUAUUCGGGCCAUGACACAGAUCAUAACCUUUUCUGGAGCCAUUGGUUUGCAGUCCAACAGUGCCUGUUUGGUCGGCCAUUUGUACCUGGCCCAUGUUUCCACCAGUCACAGUCACACAGCAGUUCCUCAAGAUUUCACAUACCUCUCAGAAAAAAGCGUCAUCAGGUCCAUCAUGGACUUCAUCACAGAAGCUGGCAAAAAAGGCCCAGAGUUUUCUCAUCCUGCUUGGGUGAAGACAGCACUGACCUCACUGGCUUCAGUUGGACUCAACUUCCAGUUCCCCCCAGUUAACUGGAGUGCUGUCCUGUCGCCUCUAAUGAGGCUGAGUUUUGGAGAGGAUGUUCAGCAUCAGUGUGUGGUGUUGGCAGCGUCUCAGGCUCAGUCUUCUCAAAGUGCUUCCCUCUUUCUGGGCUCGUGGCUGUCACCCCCUCUUGUGCAUAGUCUUGGUCUCCAGACCCGAGCCCACCUGUACGAGACCCUGGGCCUGUGGAUGAAGCAUGUGGCUGAGGACAAGCUCCAGGUGUAUGUGGAGACUGUGGGCCUGCAGCAGUUCCAGGAUGACCUCCGACCCCAGCGACUGUCUCUGUGCCGCUCUUUGCUGCAGGGCCUUGCUCAGGCAAUGGCCCUCCCAAACCCCCCAAAUCACUGUUGGACCAUCCUCUGCUCCACUGCUGAAAAGAUCUUCAGCCUCCUACCCAACCAGAUCCAGGAUACUGAAGUGGAUUUGUAUGAGGGUGUCUCCAAGUGCCUGUCGGAGCUGUCUGAUACUGAGAUCGACAGGAUCACUCGGGUUUCUGAGGCUAACAUGGAGAAGGCCUGCUUUGUCCUGGCAUACCUGACCUCUCGGGGCAGAGUUCCCCUCCUCAGCCUCAAUGAUGUCAUAGCUGGGGUGGUCCGUGGUUGGCCGAGUCGCAGAGUGGGAUGGCUCCUCCUGCAGUGUUUGUAUCAGAGCCGCCUGGCCACUAGCGCCAACACAGGUCAGACCAAAACAGAGUUCUGA